CAGGCAGGCUGGAGCCUGGCCAGUGGGGAGGUUCUCUGCCAUGUGGGUUGCAGCAAAAAGCACAAAACACUUUCCUAUAUACAUCACAUUCUUCCAUGUGCACACAUAUCCUUUAUCCAGCUACAGAAAUACAUUUUAGCCCUCUGUAUACUUUGGAAGAAGUGGGUGGAAAACCCGGUGCUUCUUCACACCAAGCUCAGAAAUAUCCCCAGUGGACUUAGGGCCCCUGUUCACUACAGAUUUUGAAGGACUUGAGGAAACCUGAACAGUUAUUUCUUCUGAGUUGCACACAGGGACGCAAACAAACAUGCUGUCACCUAGUAGGGUUUGAGAUCAGAAGUGUGUGCCCAGAAAUCUGUAUACUUAAUAUGAAUUAAUUAAGCUAAAAUAGAUCUGUGCUAUUUUUCAGUUACAUACAUCAGGAUUUUAUGUUCUGUCUCCCCGUAGACUGUGUCACAGACAACCCAGGUCACUAAGAGCUGGGCCAUUUAGCAGUCUAAUAAAACUUGACACCAAUCCUUAUGUAAUUGGUGCCCACUGAUUGACAACUAAUAAUAAGCUCUUCCUCUCCUUUUUCCCAAAUCUUGUUCUACUUAUUCCAUAGCGAGAAAACUUAUUAACACACUCCUAUGAGCUCAGACCAACUUCAGUUCAUUCCAGAUAUGCUUCUCUUAGUGUGGAGUCAACCUGGGGCCUCACACACGGCCUUUGGUCUAGGUUCCCAUGCAGUUAGGAGGGUGUUUUAGUCAUGAAGGGGGCAUUGCCCAAAGGAAGCAGUUCAGGUUCAGCCAACCAUAUGACUCUUUUUUGUUUCUUUUAGAUUUUUGACCACCAGUCAGUUCUUCCCUCAUAUCCCUUAGUUACUUAUUUAUUCUUUACUCUCUAUGAAGGGGCAUUCAUUUCUCAACAGGAGUUUCCAGGUUUGGAUAAGCUAAGUCCUGCAUGUUCAGGCACCAGCACCCCACGGGGAAAUGUUCUGGCAUCCCAUAGCCCCAUGAGUCCGGAGAGCAUCAAGAUGACCCAUCGGCACAGCCCCAUGAACUUGAUGGGCACAGGCCGCCAUUCAUCAUCCUCUCUCUCCUCACAUGCGUCUAGUGAAGCAGGAAACAUGGUGAUGCUGGGCGACGGCUCCAUGGGCGAUGCUCCCGAGGACCUGUACCACCACAUGCAGCUUGCGUAUCCCAACCCCAGGUACCAGGGCUCGGUCACCAACGUCUCUGUUCUGUCCUCGUCCCAGGCAAGCCCUUCUUCCUCCAGCCUGAGUUCCACUCACUCAGCACCAUCUCAGAUGAUUACCUCUGCCCCUUCCAGUGCCCGAGGUAAGGACGGCAGAGUGCUACUUGCAGAAUGGAGAAGAGAGGUCUUCAUGAACCCCACUCAGCUUCCCGUUAUCUGUGACUGUGUCUUUGAGAGCAGCCCUGUGACUUAGAGAAUACUCAGUUGUGCUUUUACCACUAAGGACUCAAGCGUUCCUGCCUCCAGGCCUCUUCUCUGGCUGGCUUUAGACUCCACUCUGAGCAGUGGCUGCUGCUGGCAGCCAUUGCAUUUCUACCUCAGUGAAAGGACACACAGCUUAGAAGAAAGCUCACUUCUUUCUCAUUGAAAUUUUUGCUAGAACAAAGAUCAAAGUCAAGGCGAAAGUUAGUAUUUUGUCUUGAGGAAUCAGGCAUGAUGACAAAGUAUGGAAAGUAAAUCGGGAGACUAAAAUUAACCCUGGAAAAUGUUAUUCUAAAACAGUAACAGCAACCAAAAAGUUUUUCUUCAGUUGGGAAAGGCUUUCUCAGAAGAGAUGGCUCUGUAAAAACCUCUUUACUUUGCCAAUUAUUACUUGAUUUCUAGUUCAGUUGAAUAAAUAUUGUUCUUUGAGAGCCAGCAUCUUUUUCACAUUCUAAUCCUAGUUCCCAAGUGAAAGUUGAUUCUGCCCUUGUAGACAGAAACAUUUGCUGUGGAAUGGAAAUUAGCUGUGGUAAAUGGGAUCUAAUGCUUUGCAGGGUAGUGACAGUGGUCUGAACUUGCCAGCCAGUCACUUGCUCUUGCUUCCAGGCUUCAGAAGGAGGGAGUCUCUUUGUUCUUCUCAUUAUUAUGAAACCAAAGAAAAAUAGCACAAAUUUAUUUAUUUAUUUAUUUUUAUUAUUGUACUUUAAGUUCUGUGGUACAUGUGCACA